AUGUUCAGCUUUUUCAGGAAAAGCCAAGAUGCAACAAAGAAGUCUACCAUUCAAGAGAAAGAGGUUGAUGAUUUUGUUCUACUGGGUAAGUAGGAUGUUGUUUUUUGUCUUUUUUUUUUUUUUGUCUUUUACUAACGAAAACGUAUUUUCAAAUAUGACUAAUGUUUUCAUGUGCAUUUCUUCAAGCUUAGACAUUUUUCUGGAGUUUUAUACGCUUUUUAAAAGAGCAGGCUACAAUCUUAAAGGAUCACUAUAGGGUCAGGAACACAAACAUGUAUUCCUGACCCUAUAGUGUUAAACCCACCAUCUUGCCCCUCAUGCCUCCAUAAAUAUUGCAACUUCUUACUGUAUUCAAGCCAGAAGCUGUGGAUCUGCAUGCUGUUUGCCUAAAAAAAAAACAAGCAGCCUGCUGACAUCAUCAGAAGUGGUAGUCUGAUCCAAUCACAAUGCUAAUGAUUCUACUCACCAUAAACAAAUUCAAUAAGCUGUAGUUGUUCUGGUGACUAUAGUGUCCCUUUUUAAUUGUUUUUCACAUUACUAUGCACAUCGUAUUGAGCGGUUUGCUGGAAUAAGUAAAUUGGAGACAGUCAUGCCAAACUUGAUGAAAGCUUAAGUGUCCGAGACAAGGAAUGAGAAGAAUGGGGGGAUUUUGCAGGUCUGGAGGGGUGUUUUCAGUCAUGUAAAGGUUGGUAGAAUUGACCAGAAAGAGGCAUUUUAACACAAGUGCAGAGCAAACGGAAUCGUUCUUGCAUAACCUGAAUGUCAUGAAUUUAGUUUGAAAAGUUCAGAUGUUUCUAAUGAUGAAUUUGUUUUGCAUUUACUGGGCACACUUCUUUCGGGUCCCCAGAAGUGGGAAAUCAGAGCGCAAACCUGGGAUGUUGGGGAAGCAGCCACAAAUUAUGGCUGUCCCAUCAAAUCCAGGUGUUUAUUGAGAUUUGAUUUAGAAUAGGCGAGUGAAUCAUAAUGUCCAGUUUGCAAAAGAAGGCAAAACAACAUUUGUGGAGUUGAAAACCUAUUGGGCAAUCAUAAUUGAAUCGUUAUUCGUGGCCAAUAUCUUCCUUUCACUCUCAGAUCCCAUGGUGUCCCUACCCAACUGGUUACAACUGCUAGCAAAGUUUGGAACAAUGUCCUAGUACAAGAACACCACCACCAAAACACAAGCACUCACAAUAGGAAUUCCAACAAGAGCAGUAUCUCUCCUAAAACAUAUUUACAACUUUUAACUGACGAACUACAUCUAUCUCGUAUUUAGCAAUUCAGCUUACAGCAAUUCUAAUUCCACUGUCUGACAAAAUCACACUAAAGUACUACAUAUAAACAGACAAACCUUAAAGGAUUACUAUAGGGUGAGGAACACACCCACCGCUCAGGGGUGGGGGCCGGGGGGGGAGGACAGUAGGUUCCCCCCCCCUAUUGUUUUAUUAGGGGCCCUACCCACCGCUCAGGGGUGGGGGCCAGGGGGGGAGGACAGUAGGUCCCCUCCCUUAUUGUUUUAUUAGGGCCCCCACCCACCGCGCAGGGGUGGGGGCCAGGGGGGGGGACAGAAGUUCCCCCCCAUAUCUUUAUUUAGGGCCCCCACCCACCGCUCAGGGGUGGGGGCCAGGUUCCCCCCAUCUUUAUUUAGGGCCCCCACGGGCGUGGGGGGGGGGUUAUUAGUUUUUUUUUUUGUUUUUUUUUUACAGUGAGCAGCUAUAAGCUGCUCACUGCUUACUACACAUGCCCCUACUAUAGCGAGUAGGGGCAUUUAAUUUACUAAUACUAAGUAAUCUUUACUCAGUAUUAGUAAAUUUGGCUGAAAGACCAAUUUAGGUCUUUCAGCCUUUUAGUAGAUAGCUCCCUGAUACCGUGGGAAUUAGGGAGUUAUCUACUAAGCGGCUGCAAGAUGCAGCCACAGCAAUGAAUAGGAUCAGAGUUUCAUUCAUUAGAAUGAAAUUCCGAUCCGAAUAAAGUGCCGAAUUGCGUUCUAAAAGAAACGAACAUACUGUUCUCAUUCAGUUAGAACGCAAUUCGGCAGUUUUGUGUAAAGUGACAGGAAGCAUUGUGGGAACACAGAGGGAAGGUAAGGAUCAUGGGAAAAUUGCUCUGACCAGCGGAAAUGAAGCACACUUUGCUCCUCCGCUGGUCAGAGCUGGUCAAGCGGAGGAAUCCUCCAUAAGGCAAAGAGUCCCUUCUUUGUCUUAUGAUUUUAAAGAAAACUAAAGAAGACAGGAAGAAAAGAAGAACAGAUCCUGAGAGAGGGGGAGAAGAGGAAGAGAUUGAGGAAAGGUAAGUUCGGCAUGACAGUGCCGCUUUAAGCAGAUCCAAUGCUUUCCCAUAGGAGGAAAAGUAUUGGAUUGGCUAAAAUCUGCAUGGGGCGGGGCCAAAUGCUGUUUUGGCCAAUCAGGACCUCCUCAUAGAGAUGCAUUGAGUCAAUGCAUCUCUAUGAGGAAAAUUCAGCAUCUCCAUGCAGAGCGUGGAGACACUGAACGUCAGGGCUGCUUACUGUGCAGCCCUGAGCCAGGAAGCCCCUCCAGUGGCCAUAUAAGGAGUGGUCACUUUGAGGCGUCCCUAGGGACAAUGUAAACACUUUCUUUUCUCUGAAAGGCAGUGAUUACAUGAAAAUGCCUGAAGGGAACUAUUAUAUUCACCAGAACAACUACAUUAAGCUGUAGUUGUUCUGGUGACUAUAGUGUCCUUUUAAAGACUUGGGCUGGAUUGGAGUUGUCCUGGAUAGGUAGAAUCAAUUCUAUUAAAAUGUCCAUUCUCCCUAUAUUCCUGUAUCUCUUCAGAACCCUCCCUAGAGCUUUCCACAAUACACUGCUAGCGAACUUACAGAGAUAAAUAACCACAUACAUCUGGAAAAAGAAUCAACCCAGGAUAUCCCAUAACACUUGCCGGCUACACCCAGCAAAGGAAGGCCUGGGCUCCCAGACAUAAAGAAAUACUAUAUAGCUGCAUCCCUGCUUGGGAAUGCUGUUUUAUGCCCAUACAACAUGCUCCAACUCAUAUGAUUCCCUAAGCAUAGAUUACCACUCUAUAAUGCACUAAACAAGACAAAACAUUUCCUAUAUAUGUGGUGUGCUUGGGCUACACCGCUCCUGCUAUCCGCUUAUAUUAUUCCUGUUCUCAUCCCUGAAAUUCUAUACCCCUGACCUUAACAUAGCUUCAUGGCUAACAGGGGAAUUGAACCUGCUGGCGGUGAGCUCAAGACACAGGCAUUAUUUCUCUUUUUUUCUGGCUUGUCCAGCCCUAAAGCAAUUUUGGGAGCACGUGUGCCAUACUAUUUCUAAAACCACAUCCCCACCUAUUUCCAACACACCAGAAGGAUUUUCCUUAAUAUUUUCCCACCAAACAUUAGACGAACAAAAAAAGAUCUUGUAAUGCAUAUUCUUGUAGCAGCUAAAACAGGAAUAGCAUCCCACUGGCAAUUUACAGUUUCCCCUGUUAUACAGGAAGUUAAAUCCUAGGUGGACAAGGUUAAGUUAUAUGAAGCAAUGUCCCACUGAAUUUCUGGAAUCACCUCUAAAUGCACUGCCAUUUGGAAAUCGAGGUGAUAACCGAUUUCUUCCCACGUAUAUUACCGGGACACUUCCUUUUUUCUCUCUCUCUCUCUCUCUCUCUCUCGCUUUCUUAAUCCCCACUUCUCUAUACUCUUCUUUACAGUACUCCUUCCUCCUUAUACUUCUUUCUAUUCCAUUCCUAUAUCCUAACCAGGCUCAGAGCAGUCCACCAUCGCCUCUGACAGGUACCGAUGCAACUGUUUAAGUUUCCAAUGUUAUAAGUUCAUAUGUGUGAUCUGCAUAUCAAAACUGUCACUGGAUCACUGUUGAUAAUCAAAAAUAAUCUCUACUGUUGUUUCCAUGUUCUUGUUCUUACACCAUAUACUAUGUUCUUGUGUUCUCUAAGUCAUAAUUCAAUAAAACUUUAAAUAUGGGAAGAAGAAAAAAACAUUAUAAGGUGCAUGGGAGGGUUUUGCUCCUGAAAUACAAUAGUCGGGAACUAGAGUGUUUUUGAUAGUUUUCGAGUGUUUUGAAAAAUAAAAAAAACAAAAGUAAAAUGAAGUUUCCUAAGGUAAGUUAUAUUGAGACAAAAAAUACCAAAGAUCUAGAAUCUGCAUUUAUAGGUUUUUUUUUCAUUUUUUUUUUUUCAUUUAGUAUUUCAUUUUACAUUUGAAUUGAUGGCCUGCAAAGGCACAUAAGGGCAUUUAAUGCAAAUUUCUUAAUAGUCCAUGGAUCUGUGCACGCAACUUGCAAACUCAAAUUAUGUGAAAUUAUGAAAACAUGAUUUCAUUUCCACACAUUGGAAGACUAUCCAAGAUUCUUCCUUCCAGUCAUUUGUAAAGUGAGCUCCACGGCCUCCACUGUUAAUUACACAAUGGUAAACCCUUCCAGCAUUGUACAUUGUGGUGUAAAAAAAAAAUGAACUGUCUCUAAACAAAUAUCUAGCAGGUGCUUUUUCAGUAAAGCAGAUAACCAGUCACCAGUUGUUCAUGUAAACUCCACAAGAUGGCGAUCUAUUAUAUUGUUGGGUUCCUCUGCAAAAACAAAAAGCUAACUUGCUUGUUCACUAAAAAUAUAAGAAAAUGCAUACUUAAUAUUGGGCUUGCUUGGAGAGACAACCAUGAUUGAAACUUUAGAUUAAUAAAAAAAAAAAAACAGUCUAUAGAUCAGAUGCGGUUAUCACGUAACUGUCCAGUGUUUGUGGAACUAUAACUCUGUGUUGUAGAGUCACUCAGAGACAUAUACCAUCUUUUAUUUUCUAGGAAUUACGAGAUAUGUUAUUCCAUACAGCUAAAUGGUCACCUGACAAUUUACCCCCUACAUAUUAGUUGUCUGACUAAGUUUAUUGGAUUUUAAAAGUAUUAUGUUGAAUAAAAUGUAAUUCAUUUGAAUAAUCAGAAGAUUGACUGCUCAGCCGCCACAUAACAAGCAAAAGUAGGAAACUAGGAAGGAGACUCCUAACGUAGAUUGCAGCCGCUGUGUAUAUCGGCCCAUGCACAAUGCAGAAAAAUCCAGAUAUUGUGUGUUUGGUAUAUAUAUAAAGCCCAAGAUAAACUAAAAAUGCGUUGUUAUUGUUAUUAAACUUUCAAUACGUGCACCCUCCAUAUAUGGUGUUCUCUGACUUGAGCUUGGGUUUUACACCAGAACCCUGUUUGUGCUGUGACAUGCUGAUUCCUUUCUAGUCAAAUUGUGCUUUAGAAAAUGUAAAUUUAGCAGAGUUUGAAUUGAAACAAGUUACCAUCUAGAUAUUUUAUGUAGCAACUUGUCAGGGCCUGGUUACAAUCAUUAAGGACUACCCUAAGGCCUGUUUAUGUAUAAAUACAGCUUUAUGAAGGUGAAUGGGACAUUCUUUGUUAUAAAGGUAAUGCCGGCUUGUUUAAUAACCUGUCUGACCACUAGUUGCAAAUAUGUUACUGAUAUUUGCCAUUCAGUUGAACACAUUACACAUCAUAUUUGUUUCCCUAACUUUUUAUAUUUAGAAAAUCAACAUUACAUGUUAUCUCAGCCCAGGGUUGACCAAAAGGGCUUAGGCUAUCUACAGCUCUUCAAAAAUAAACAUCUAGUCUCUUACUACCCCUGUCUCAGAUUGGUUGUAGUUGGCUCACUUGCAGGAUUUUUUUUACUAAACUGAAUUUUCUCAUAUUACAGGGAGUGCAGAAUUAUUAGGCAAGUUGUAUUUUUGAGGAUUAAUUUUAUUAUUGAACAACAACCAUGUUCUCAAUGAACCCAAAAAACUCAUUAAUAUCAAAGCUGAAUAUUUUUGGAAGUAGUUUUUAGUUUGUUUUUAGUUUUAGCUAUGUUAGGGGAUAUCUGUGUGUGCAGGUGACUAUUACUGUGCAUAAUUAUUAGGCAACUUAACAAAAAACAAAUAUAUACCCAUUUCAAUUAUUUAUUAUUACCAGUGAAACCAAUAUAACAUCUCAACAUUCACAAAUAUACAUUUCUGACAUUCAAAAACAAAACAAAAACAAAUCAGUGACCAAUAUAGCCACCUUUCUUUGCAAGGACACUCAAAAGCCUGCCAUCCAUGGAUUCUGUCAGUGUUUUGAUCUGUUCACCAUCAACAUUGCGUGCAGCAGCAACCACAGCCUCCCAGACACUGUUCAGAGAGGUGUACUGUUUUCCCUCCUUGUAAAUCUCACAUUUGAUGAUGGACCACAGGUUCUCAAUGGGGUUCAGAUCAGGUGAACAAGGAGGCCAUGUCAUUAGAUUUUCUUCUUUAUACCCUUUCUUGCCAGCCACGCUGUGGAGUACUUGGACGCGUGUGAUGGAGCAUUGUCCUGCAUGAAAAUCAUGUUUUUCUUGAAGGAUGCAGACUUCUUCCUGUACCACUGCUUGAAGAAGGUGUCUUCCAGGAACUGGCAGUAGGACUGGGAGUUGAGCUUGACUCCAUCCUCAACCCGAAAAGGCCCCACAAGCUCAUCUUUGAUGAUACCAGCCCAAACCAGUACUCCACCUCCACCUUGCUGGCGUCUGAGUCGGACUGGAGCUCUCUGCCCUUUACCAAUCCAGCCACGGGCCCAUCCAUCUGGCCCAUCAAGACUCACUCUCAUUUCAUCAGUCCAUAAAACCUUAGAAAAAUCAGUCUUGAGAUAUUUCUUGGCCCAGUCUUGACGUUUCAGCUUGUGUGUCUUGUUCAGUGGUGGUCGUCUUUCAGCCUUUCUUACCUUGGCCAUGUCUCUGAGUAUUGCACACCUUGUGCUUUUGGGCACUCCAGUGAUGUUGCAGCUCUGAAAUAUGGCCAAACUGGUGGCAAGUGGCAUCGUGGCAGCUGCACGCUUGACUUUUCUCAGUUCAUGGGCAGUUAUUUUGCGCCUUGGUUUUUCCACACGCUUCUUGCGACCCUGUUGACUAUUUUGAAUGAAACGCUUGAUUGUUCGAUGAUCACGCUUCAGAAGCUUUGCAAUUUUAAGAGUGCUGCAUCCCUCUGCAAGAUAUCUCACUAUUUUUGACUUUUCUGAGCCUGUCAAGUCCUUCUUUUGACCCAUUUUGCCAAAGGAAAGGAAGUUGCCUAAUAAUUAUGCACACCUGAUAUAGGGUGUUGAUGUCAUUAGACCACACCCCUUCUCAUUACAGAGAUGCACAUCACCUAAUAUGCUUAAUUGGUAGUAGGCUUUCGAGCCUAUACAGCUUGGAGUAAGACAACAUGCAUAAAGAGGAUGAUGUGGUCAAAAUACUCAUUUGCCUAAUAAUUCUGCACUCCCUGUAAAUCUGAAUGGUAAAAACCGCACAACUUAUAUACAUAGACAGAGGUUCCCACAAUAUAAAAUAGAAAGGCAAUAAAGAAUCUCCCCAUCACUAUUAGACAGAGGGUAGCAGAAGAAGAAAAAACAUAUAUUGCCCACUAAAUGCUGUUUCCUCAGUGGUUUUGGUUUUACUUUUCUGUGCCCCCUUUGGUACUUUCUGGCUGUGUAAUCUUGGCAUGAAAUACUUUAUUGCUUGGCUAUUUUAAAUUGUGUGUAUGUGUAUGUGCAUAUAUAUAAUUUCUGCUAUAAUUCAACAGACUUGAUAAUAAAAAUGUUUGCACCUCAUUUCUGUUGGUUUGGGGGUCUAGCUUGUAGCAAGGCAUAGAUGGGUCUACAAACGUGAUGUGAUUCUAUACAGGUUAUUCACUGAAGUGAGAAUUCAAAGUGAAUUUCAAAUUUAAAUCCAGAGUAGCUGAACUGAGAGCCUAGCUGACAUGGAGAGACAGCCAGGACUCAUGUGGUUCUGGGCAAUAUCAUUUGUGAGAAUCUCUGGGCCUAGUACCCUUCCAAAAUAUACCUGAUAUGUUAAGUAUAUAGAGACGUAAAAAAGGGCUGGUGGGAUAUUUAUUGGGAGGGCUUGAAAAAGGUACAGGAUUCUUGGCAAAAUGUUCGUGUUGGUCACAAACACAUGCCAGAAGAUGUGCCAGUGUCCCGUCAGCAAAAUUCUUUGGAUAAAUAGCCAGCAUAGGUAAGAAGUUAGUUGGUUAAAAAGUACAAGUGGGUUAAAUUGUUAGUAAUCCAAAUGCCCAAGUAUUUGAUGGCUGAGUCACUCCACCCUUCUUUGGCUUUUUAGAUUGUUGGAAGAUUUGCAGCAGUUCUAUUAGAAAGAAAGAGCUAUAAUCCCUGUUUUGUAAUCUUUAAUUCCUCAGUGAUAAUGCCAGCUGCUUUAAUUAUCCAACCCUGGCAUGUUUUCUUUUACACGGCCUUGUAAUUCUCCCCAUAUUUCAGGCUAUUUAGGUGGCUAUGGUGCUGUCAUUAUUUAGGUCUAUAUCAUACAGUGGAGACAUUUUUCAUAAAAAUAAGACCCAAAAAUUGCUUAUUCAAUGCUUGAUCACAUCAUAUUUUGGUCUUGUGUGGUUUAUGCAUGUCCAAGACAAAUAAAGGGCUACAUCGGUUACUGCAGAUUAAAAUUUGCAUUGUAAAUUUUAUCAAGCAUAGAGUCUAUCUGUGUGUGUGCUUGUUAGCAAGUUAUAAACCAGCUCCCAUGAUGCUUUGCAUGCCUUUUAGAAUGACAAAGCAACAUGGGAGUUGUAGCUUUAAAACAUCCGGGGAUCAACCUUUUGGGCACCCCUGUUAUAAACUCUAUUAAUAUAUAUAGUCAAUACAUAGACCUGCACACACCAGUCAAGCCUUACGAUUUGCUUUCCCCACAGAAAGCUCAAAUUUGCAGUGAUGUUACUACUGCAAGGGAUUCUAGGUGGGCAUAUACAAAUUAGUUCAAUUAGUAAUUUUUUUACCAUUCAAUGUACAAAGCACAAACCCCACAAGUUGCAAGUCCACUUUAAAAGGACACCGUAGUCACUAUAACAAUUCCAUCUUAUUGAAUUUGCUAUAGUGCCUGAAGUCCCCUGGCACUAUUUCUACAUUCAGUGUUCAACCUUUUUUUGAGCAGUUUUACACAAUCUUUUUUCUUUUUUUUUUUGUGAACCUAAGUCAAAAAUUGCACAAUUCCUCAUAGCCAUACAAAUUCAUACCUGCCAUGGCAUUGUGAUAGGCUGACACUCUCAGCCAAUCACAGACGCUUGUUUCUGCUCAGAUUAAUGCUUCCACUUUAGCCCAAGCAGGACAGAAGAGAUAGGUUGCAGGGGACUCUUGUUUAGCAUUAAAACAUUAAAAACGUGUUAAUGCUGAAUGAAAGUACAGUGGCUGGGGACUCCAGACACUAUAACUACUUCAAUUGUAUGAAGUGAUGUCUACAGAGUCCCUUUAAAAGUGCAGUGUUCUCUGCCCACACAUUCAGUGAUUUAAGUUUCAGUUAUACUGAAAUAGAACAAUAACCAAAAAUCCCCUUUAUUCUGACGGCAUAAAAGAAAUUCUAUUGUGUGUUAAAUACUACACUAGCACUUAAAAUUUCUCAGCAUGACAUACAAUGGGGGUAAAAAAGAAGGUUGCACUAAAGAACAUCUACAGCAGUGUGCCCAAAAGAUAAAUCCCCACAUUUUGAAAUUUCAGUUCCCAUGAUGCUGUGUCAUUCUAAAGGCAUGCAAAGCAUCAUGGCAGUUGUAGUUCUAAAACAUCUGGGGAUCUACGUUUCAGGCACUUUUAAUCUACAGUAAGUAUUGCUUGUAAAUGGAUCAGAUCUGAUACAUCUACAAUCAAUACUUAUUGUUAAUGUUACAUUGUGCAACUUCCUUAUUAUUUUCCUUUUACAAUGUAUUGUAUUCCCUUUAGUUGAAAAGAGGGGGAUUAGUUGAAAUUCUUUUUGCUGCCUAUCCUAUUUUCCUAAACAUCAGAGAAUUACUUGUUCUCACUGCUUAAUUCUCUGCCAUUUAGGAGUUUAAAGGGACACUAGAGUCACCCAGACCACUUCAGCUCAAUGAAGUGGUCUGGGUGUCAGGUCCCUCUAGGGUUAACCCUGCCUGAUGUAAACAUAGCAGUCUCUGAAAAACUGCUAUGUUUACAUCUGGGGUUAAGCCAGCCACUAGAGGCGCGUCGCCAAUGAUUGAGGCAUAUUAUGCCUCAGUCACGCAGAGCGUCCAUAGGAUGCUGACAUUGGUGGGGGAGGAGAGGUAAGGGAGCCCGGCGGGGGAAAAGGAUGAGUAGCUAAAGGGGUUUUAACCCCUUCAGCGCCACAAGAGGGGGACCCUGAGGGUGGGGGCACCCUCAGGGUACUAUAGUGUCCCUUUAAUCACUUUUGUUUCUGUUUAUGCAACCAUUGCCACACCUCCCCUGUCUGUGAUUGACACAGACUCCAUAAAAAAAAAAAAAAAAAAUGGUUUCAUUUUCAAUCAGAUGUUACUUGCUUUAAAACGUUUUAUCUACUGUUCUGUGAAUUGGAUUGCAUACAGGAGGCUCCUGCAGUGUCUAUCAAGUUAUUAACAGAGAAGCAGAUAGGGAAUUCUAAAUUAAACAGAAUUUGCAAUAAAGGAAGUUUAAACAUUAGAUAUCUCUUUACAGGAAGCAUUUAGCAAGGCUGUGUAAGUCUCAUGCACGGAGAUGUGUCUAGGGCUGCAUAAACAAAUGAUUUAACUCCUAAAUGGCAGAGAAUUGAGCAGUGAGAAGGCGUGAUCUAUACACCAAAGCAUGCUUCAUUAGGCUAAAGUUGGUUUUGUGUCUGUAGUGUCACUUUAAAGAGAAAUCAGUGCAGUUACUGUACAAAUUAAUCUAAUUUAAUCACCACAGAUGACAAAAUGAAGUUCUUAAACUUAAGCAGGAUUGGAAGGAGUUGUCGGAUCCUAAGAUUAGCAAUUCUGGGUUUAAAUGGCAAUUAGUCUUUUUUUUUGGGGGUGUAUUAGAUAAAGUUACUAAUUAAACAAAAUUUAACCAUCUCAAUUCAUCCCUCCUUUUUAAGCAAUGUACCUCACAAAUUUAAAACCGCUGUGUAUAGAUUUUGUGCAUUAUAAGCAUUUUGUGGUCAUAAAAAUGUAACAUCUUUUUCAAAAAAAAUAGCCAAAAACAAGAGUUAGUGAGAAUUAUAGGAUUCUGAAUAUUCACAAAUCACUAAUACUAACACAAUUCUGAAUCGGACAUUUGCAGAUUAUUGUUUAAGCUUUUUUAGCAAGUGAAUUGAUAAUUUAAAAAUAUAUUUUCCCACUAUAUGCCAUCAGACAAAUAGAUAAAAACCCUUGGCAGCGUAAGGGUUAAUUAUGAGGCAGGUGGCCAGGGCAGCCAGACACUAGCAAGACUCAAUCCUAUGAAGAUGGGACCUGUUAAAUCACUGGUGGGCAUUGGUUGGAGGACAGAUCACACGCUAUGCAAAAAAAGCUACAUUUUAACAUUGGGCAUUUAUAAACUCAGGACAAAAUUUAGAAACUAUUUAGCACAGGUGUUUUUUGGGCGGUUGUAGAUGCCUAACAGAUUUUGGGGGUCAAAUUUAGAAAAAGUGUGAGGUUUUUUUACAUUUUUUUUCAUCAUAUUUUAUAAUUUUUUUAUAGUAAAUUAUACGAUAUGAUGAAAAUAAUGGUAUAUUUAGAAAGACCGUUUAAUGGCAAAAAAAUAUAUAUAAUAUGUGUGGGUACAGUAAAUGAAUAAGAGGAAAAUUACAGCUAAACACAAAUACAGCAGAAAUGUAAAAAGAGCCCUGGUCCUUAACGGUAAGAACAUUGAAAAACAAUCUGUUCACUAAGGCGUUAAGUUAACGUUGUUUUGGUGCUUAGGGUAUCCCUUCAGUCUUGCAACAUUGAGGCUGAUAGGUCGAUAACACAAGGUUAAUGGCAAAAAAAAGAAAGCUGAUGCCUUCAUGAGUUAGUUAUAUUUCACAGGCUGAAGGUUAAGGAUAGCCAAAUGCAUUGAUCAAUCUAAUAAGUGACAGAGUAAUUAACAUGUAAUUUUCCUUAUGGACUUUGCAAUGUGUAUUCAUUUGUUUAAAGGACCACUAUAAUGCCCCCACCGUCAGGGUCCAACUCCCGCCGGGCUGAAGGGGGAGGAAGGGGGUUAAACACUCACCUUUCUCCAGCGCCGGGCUCCCUCGGCGCUGGGGACUCUUCUCCUCCUUCGGUCGUCAUCGGAAUUCUCAAUGUUUUCCUAUGGACGCUGGCGUCUUCUCACUGAAAAUCACAGUGAGAAGCGCCUCUAGCGGCUGUCAAUGAGAUGGCCACUAGAGGCUGGAUUAACCCAUUUGUAAAGAUAGCAGUUUCCCUGAAACUAUGUUUACAGCAGGCAGGGUUAACCCUAGAUGGACCUGGCACCCAGACCACUUCAUUGAGCUGAAGUGGUCUGGGUGUCUAUAGUGGUCCUUUAAGGGAGUUCAAAAAAAUGUUUGCACAUGUGUAAUUGUUAGGUUGUUGAUUUUGAUAUGCUCUAUUGUGGUUAGAGUGCGUAUUUGUCUUUUAAUUCAUACAACUUAUCAGCCCUUUCACUACCUAGCACUUUUUGAUAGAAAACAUGUUAGCAUAAUAUUUAUUUGCAGCAAGGGAUGCACAGCUAACAUAUAGAACACCACCAUUAUAUGUACUGAUUGCUUUGCACAAAAACCUUAACAUUUAAAUUGCGGAAUUUACACACAUUUUUUUUUUUUCCAUGUAUUUGUAAAUUUGGAAAAUUAAAAACUUUAGACAGUAUAAGUAUUAAAAUGUCUGCAUUUUAGCAUAAUUCCCACAUACAGGAAAUACAGUUAAAUUAUAUUUCUAAAAUAAAGAUACCAUAUUUAAACCUGCUAUAGCAAUCUUUUGUCAAUCUCUGGAAAGCUAAUGUAAUGCUGACUGUGAAAUGGUAAAGUCCAUUCACUCCUCCCAUCCCUGAUAUUUCCUUAACUGUUUGGAAAUAGGGGGUAAAUUCACAUUUUCAGCAAGCUUCCAGGAAUUAUACCAGUGACUAAUUGUUUCUGGCAGAGAAAUUAGUUUCUCUAUAGACUGGUAAAAAAUCCUAGAGUGGGGCAUGGUGGAGAGACGUGUAUUGAUAAAGCUCCUCUCCUAUACUGACUAAUAAGCAGACUUCUUCCUAACUCAGCUUGAUUUGGGUCGAAUCCAGGGCUUUACCUGCUUCUUGACCCAGCUGAGAAUCCCUGCAGGGCUCAAAGAUUCGACGUGAGCUCAUUUGUGGCACGUUUUGGACCAUGCGGCCUAAGUCACACCAGGCGGGAAAAUCGGCCGAUCUCCCGGACUGAGGCUAUAUGACGGCAAUUAAUCAAGAACAGAUGCCCCGUUUCCAGUGGGGGUGAUCCCGGUCCAUCCCUGGGAGGCUGCCCUGACAGAACAUGACCAUAGUGGUGAAACCAUAUCAGCUACUGCAAAAUCAGACUAAUCACCUAAGAUGGCGGUUGCUGCGAGGAUCUCCAGCAACACAGGAGAAAGGCAAGAUAUCUUGUCCAGACUGGACAGAAUCUUUGAAGAUUUCUGGCGGAGAGUGGAGAGCAGGAUGCAGAACCCUCCCUCAAGACAGCCGGGAAACUACAACACACCACAGCCAAUACAUACCCAGCAGCAGCCUGUGGCGCCAGCAGUGCACAAGACCGCAACAUGGCAGCGAACCAUGAAGAGCUUAUUGAUCCAGCGCAGGAAAGCAAGCAAGAGGGAUGCGCCCCAGUCCAAGACAGAGACUCUUCAACUGUCUGAGGUGCCAGGAGUAACCCUGAUCUGGUCAUAUGGAACAACCUGCUGGUACACACUGAGGCUCGUAGGACCGUCAUUGCUCUUAAAGCCUCAGGACUCUGCAAUGACCCUAGCCGGCAUAGGCUGAUACAGGUGCCAGGGCUGCACAAAGAAGAGCUAUUGCCCUUCAUCUUACCCUUACACCAAGGGGUAAUUUCUGUGACACUGCUCUCAAUCAUCCUUUCUCUAGUCUCUUGUAUCACCUCUGGCCUACUCUUUACAACAUGCAAUCAGCUUUCCUGUUAAUAUUCAUGUUGAUGUAUGCUUGUCUCUAUCUUUUAACCUUAAGAAUGUCUGUGUCUUAGUUAUACUAUAUGUCGACUAACUAUAUACAGUAAUUUGCUUAGACAUGUAAAACUUAACUAGAUUACUAAUCUAUUAAAAAAAUUGUGCUAACUUACUCUGAUUGCCAUGCUACUCUCUUAUAUUGCAUGUUAUUACUUUGCUUAUCAUUGCUGUCAUGGCAUCAUACGCUUGUUUUGUUAUCUAUGGCACAGCAAAAAUAAAAGAAUAAAAAUAAAAUAAUAAAAAAAAGCAACCUAAAGUAUAAAUAAGGACGAUUGAGCCUUUAUGCAUUACAUUUCAUUCUUAUUAAAGAAACACUCUAGGCACCCAGACCACUUCAGCUUUCCUAUGAGACCGGCUGAAUGCGCGCAGCUCUUGCCGCGCGUGCGCAUUCAGCCGAAAGGGAGGAGAGGAGGAGGAGAGCUCCCCGCCCGGCGCUGGAAAAAAGGUAAGUUUUAACCCCUUCCUCUCCCCAGAGCUGGGCGGGGGGGGGACCCUGAGGGUGGGGGCACCCUCAGGGCACUAUAGUGCCAGGAAAACGAGUAUGUUUUCCUGGCACUAUAGUGGUCCUUUAAUACAUGAAAAUAAAAAAGCUUAUACUAAAUUCUAGUAGUGAAAUCAUGAUGGUUUUACAUUUCGUCAAAUUAGGUGAAGGAAUUGGUGGUGUUUGCUCAUGCUAAUACUUAGAAAUGUUUCAGGUGUGAUAUGUUAAAAAAUUAUUUUUAGUGAAUAUUCAAGUCAUUUGUGUUGUUGAAUUCAUGAAGUAUCCAGUAGUACAAUAUGACAACUCUUCUUUGGAGUGUUCCUUUAAAUGGCAGCCAAUAAAAGAACAACACUCUAUUUUUAUUGUUUUUGUAUUUUUAAAGUCAAAACUGAAAUAGUAUAGUAAUAAUACUUUUCUAUCUUUUCUACAUAUCCAUAUCCAUAUAUAUAUAUAUUUAUUAAUGCUUGCAAAAUUCCGUAGUGUUGGGGAAUAUUCCAUCCCAAUAUACUAUGUAAAUAAAUGGGACAUUUGGAUGCGUAGACACAUAGUACAGACUACAAGCGUCUAGAAAGGGAUCACACAAAAUAAUGGCAAUAAACUUAUCAUAUAAUAUUUAUUUCUUGUGUAGGACAAACAUCUACAGAACAGAGAACUGACAGGCCUGCAUUUCCUGGGACAGAAUUUACAUACAAUCAGCCUUUCCAGGUAAUGUUUGUCCAAUAUAAAAUUGGUAGCAACAUUUAUUGUUGCAGUUACAAGUUACUUUUUUUUUUUUCUUCUUCUUUUUUUGGUGGGUGUUUGAUUAGCUGGGUAUUUGCUGUGGCCUCUCCGAAUUAAAAUGGAAUCUAAGAAAGGUCAUGGGAUAAUGGAAGAGUAUGUGUUACAAAUGAGCAGUGCCUCUGAGUUUCUCAGAGCAUGAAAUAUUCACGCAAUCCCUAUGUCUGUCUGAAAGCCUCUUCUAAUUCUGUUCCACGUUGAAUAUUCUGCCCAUCACAUUACAUCUAUUAUGUGCUUUGCAGAGAAGGCUGCUGAAAUGUGCUCUACACUUUCUACAUACUUUGAAAGUAUAAUCGUGCACAAAAUACUUUUUUUUUUAUUAUUAAAGCUAGUGAUUAGCAUUUUUAUAUCUUUUUGUAUUCAGUGUUUCCUGUUUUAUUCUUUGUGUUAACAAUGCAUUUUUUUACUUUUUUUUUUUUUUUUUUAACUGCCAAAUUAUACUCCAGUUCUUAAGUGUUUUGCAUGAUAAUGGUGAUAUGAAUCACUCUUAAUCUUAUUAUAGCGACAAUUGGCUGUCAAAAGUACAUUACGUUUUUAUGGCAUGUGUACAAGUUCCUGAUAAGGUUCAGUUUGAACAGUUUAAUAAUUUAACACAUUAAAGAGAACUUAUCAUUAACCCAUGCUGUUAUGUAUAGAUUUUUUCUUUCUUUCUUUUAAUGCAUUAUUGACAUAGGUAGGUUAUUUAUAACAAGUUAAAAGGCACUUGUCAUGCCAGGAACAACUUAUGCUCUUUUCAAAGAGCAUUUAUUUUUACCUCUACAUUGUCUUAGCUGUUUUGCUAGCAAAUGUAUAAAUUGCAAGAAAAGUGGUUUAAAAAAACAAGCCUUUCUCCCACUUUUCAAUGAAUUCAGCAUAGACGUCUAUGCCGGAGAAUUGAUUGAUAAGGGAGUACAGAAAAGACCUUCCACAGGCAUUCCUUCUGUUCUUCACAAAUAGCAGCCACAGCAGUAAAUCACUAGCCAACAUAAGGGGUAUCCUUAAGCAGAUUUUAUUUUACAAGGUAGAGUAUCAAUUCGGCUCUGCUAUGGGGUUUUUAUCAAGCUUGAAUACAGAGUACUUUUCACAUAAACAAAAUAGAGCACUCACUGAUCAAUGGAGUCGGAGGGUGCACUUUGGGGGGGGAGAGAUAGAAGUGACAUUGAGCGAACUGACGUCACCUGUACAUCGGCAUCCCCGUCCCCUCCAAAAAAAAAGAAACCAAUUACAAGUCUUAUAAAUAAAUAGACAAGCAAACAAAAGAGUAUGCUAGUAAGGGCUUACAAUUCUUAUAAAGACUUAAAAACUCUCCAUAUACAGCAGGUUAUAAAACAAAGAUAUAGCCAACUCAAAUUACAUCACUUCUCGUUUUUAAGUCAACUGAACCUGAAAUGUUGUCCUACCUUGAUCUAAUAUAAUGUCUGCUUACAGAUACCACUUCAUGUGUCCAGUUUGUCUUCAAACUGCUAGAGAACCGCCAUACCCUUCGUGGUAGAACCUUUGUAGAGGUGUCCUCUUUAUGUUUAUGUGUGUGUUCUCACAUAGAUUUUCUCCAUUGAGACACUGACAUGCUAGCAAUGAAGUGAUUGUUAUAUAUUUACUUCUCCAGAUCUAUGUCCUAAGCGACGCUAUCUUAGUGUUCCUGGAUGACGUUAUUGCAUUGCCUUCAUUUGCCAACUCUUGCUUGUGCUGUGAAAUUCCAGCGCAUGCCCAUUUUGUAGACAUUGGCAUUCGUUUUUGUCAGAAUUUCUGCUAUUAGCCCAUUUGUUCGGAAGACGAAUAAAUAGAACUUAAAGCAAAUUAACUGAAGACCAAAUUGCUUCUUGGGCGAAAUUUUGGCCUAGUUUGUUACAAGGAGGGACUACCGGGUGGGGGCCUUGAAUAACAAUGGGGGAUCUAUUGUCCCCAUUAGCCCCUUGGCGGUGGGUAGGGGCCCUAAACAAUAAUGGGGGGUCCUAUUGUCUUAGCCACCCACUGGCGGCAGGUUGGUCAUAAAAGAUAAUAUGAUGGGACCUAUUGUCCCAUCCCCUAGUCGCCACCCAAUGGCGGUGCAUGUAGAAUGAAGAAAUAUAAAAAAGAGUAGGAAAGCUGAAGAGAAGGUGAUUGGGAAACUGUAAGUAUGGCGUGACAGUGCCGCUUUAAGAAUGACUGGACUACAAUGGACACUGACCCAGGCUCCUGGCACUUCACCAACCUAUUUAAAUUCAAAAGGCACAUUGUAGGAGCUUAAAACAGGUGCCUACUCUGCCUAAUUGGAAAGCUGUUCCUGUCUCCAUCACUGAGUUAAUUUUAAUCAGAAAAAAAUUAUAUUGUGUAUGUGUCUGUGUGUAAUUAGAAUAAUCGAGACUGAAAGUCUCAAUGUAAUUUCCUGAUUUUAUAUUAUUAAUCUUUGUUUGUUUUGUUUUAGAAACCUGCAGAAAGCACACCAAAUAUAAAUGGAGAUGGUACCGGAGCCCCCAAGCUCACCAGUGAAAUGUCUGAGGGAAGCAACUUGAUGACUGAACUUCUAAAUGAUAUCCCUUUCAUUUUGGCGCCUCAUGUCCAGGAAGUACAGAACAUUUGUAGCGAGCUUCCUGAAAGGGUUCCAGUAUACAAUCUGGAAGAGAACUUUGCAAGAUUUCACUAUGACUUUACCUUAGAAAACUCUGUGCUUUGUGGUAUUUAA